AUGGGAACAGAUACUACACCAACAAGUAUUUUACAGGAAUUUGAUAAUUAUCAAACUAAAAAAUUUUCAUUUAAUGAUGCAUCAUUUGAUCAAUUUAAGCAAGAUAUUUUUAAAUAUUGGAAUUGGUGUUCACAUAGUACAAAAGAGUUAGGAUUUGUAGCUUGUCAAAUAAUGGGUAUUUGUAUCAAUACUGCAUCAGUUGAAAGAUUAUGGUUUUCAAUGGGUCAUUUAUAUUCAGCUUCAAGAUGCUGA